AUGACGUCAUCAGCGAUCGGCAAGUGCGCCAGUGACGUCAGCGGCCCUCUGCUGCGCGCGAAGCUGCUCCCCUGGGCUGCCGCCGCCUUGUUUUCCGCCACCUCCCGCGCUUUCUCCGCCGCCAGCAGCAGCGGCGGGCGUUGCGCGCAAGCUGGGGGCGGCGCGGGCGAGGGAGCAGGCGCGGGGGGGGGAUCCGGCGGAGGGGGGAACCUCGCGGCGAUCAAGGAGCUGCGCGCGCGCACGGGCGCGCCGGUGAAGGACGUGAAGGCGGCGCUGGUGGCGGCCGGGUGGGAUCUGGACGCGGCAUUCACCGAGUUGAGGAGGCGGGGCCUGGCAGCGGCGCAGAAGAAGCGGGCGCGGGUGGCAGCGGAGGGGCUGGUGGGCGUGGCGGUGCGGCGGGGCGUGGGAGCGGUGGCGGUGGAGGUGAACAGCGAGACUGAUUUUGUUGCACGCAACGACCUUUUUCAGCUUCUGCCCACGAGCCUUAAGGAUGGUGGCUGCAUUGGAAGUGGAGAUGAAUGCGCAUGCAAGGGAGUGGUGGCUCAAGAGCUGACCCGUGAGCAAGCCACGGUGUCAUUCGACCACCCGAAGCUGACGGGAAGUCGCCAGCUGGCAGAGGCGGUGGCUGAGGUGGCAGCGCUGACUGGGGAGAACGUGCGCCUGCGCCGAGCCUUCCUGCUUCCCGAGCCUCGGCCGUCUGGCUCGGUGGCCACGUACCUGCACAGCAGCCCCGGGGCUGGCUUGGGGCGGAUAGCUAGUCUUGUGUCCCUCUCUCUUUCCCAGCCUUCAGGCAGCAGCAGCAGCAGCAGCAGCAGCAGAGAAGGGAGCAGGGCAGAGGCAGGAUCAGAGGCAGGAGCAGUGGAGGAGACAGGAGCAGCAGCAGCGGCAGCAGCGGCGGUGGGGGAAGGAGUGGCGAUGCAUGUGGUGGCGAUGAGACCGCUGUAUCUGAGGCGGGAGGACGUGCCUGCGGAGGUGGUGGAGAGGGAGAGCGAUGUGCUGCGAGCCCAGGCGGUGGCAGCGGGCAAGCCAGCGGCUGUGGUGGAGAAGAUGGUAGCGGGGCGGCUGGGCAAGUUCUACGGUGAGGUGGUGCUGAUGGAGCAGCCUUAUGCCCUGGAUGAUAAGAGGACCGUGCAGGUGGGUGCUGAGCGGCGAGGCUGA